CUCUUUCCAUCAAUUUGCUCUCUGUUUCAGUUUUUUGUAAUUGCAAUCCGAAAUGUAGUUUGAUUUGAGUUAAUUUGUUCAAGAAUAAUAUGGAUUCUUUGAUAAUCUGUCUGAUUGAUGAGAUUUGAUUUGAUUUAUUUUAUUUUAGGUUUGAUUUGGUUUGCUGAAGAUUUUGUUUUUGAUUUUGUUUGUUCAGAAUGAGUUGUAGAAGGAAGAGAAAAAAUUGAAAAACUUGCUUGUUUUUAAAAGCUAGAGAAGAAGAGUUGGGUCUUGUAUUUUAAUUGAGUUUAAUCUGAAGAAGGAAAGAAAGUAGAAAAAUUAAAAAAAAAAUGGUUUAAAUCAAUCAAUAAGAUUUUGUUAAAAAUAUUUAUUUAAUUUUUCAAUAUGAAAAAAGGCACAAUCUGAAGCGUUAUAAAUUUGUUUCGGGGGUUACUGUCCAUAUUUUUCUCCAGUUUAGGUAAAACUCAAACGAGUUGUUCUGGUCUGUAAUGGCUGAGCCAAGCAAAACUUACGAGUCAGUGGAAGAGAAACCCAAGUCACACUCGGAACCGGCUUCAAAAAAGGGUAGUGGAUUGAUUAUCGAAGGGUACCCAGUUGAGGGUUUGUCUAUUGGAGGGCACGAAACUUGCAUAAUCUUCCCAACUCUCAAGUUGGCCUUCGAUAUUGGACGAUGUCCUCAACGUGCCAUCUCUCAGGACUUCCUCUUCAUCUCUCAUGCUCAUAUGGACCACAUUGGAGGUUUGCCCAUGUAUGUUGCAACUCGUGGAUUGUACAGUAUGAAGCCUCCAACAAUUUUUGUACCAACAUGUAUAAAAGAAGAUGUUGAACAACUGUUCAACGUACAUAGAAAAAUGGAUCAAUCAGAGUUAAAACAUAAUCUGAUUGGGCUGGAUGUCGGAGAAGAGGUUAAUGUAAGAAGAGAUCUUAGAGUAAGGGCUUUCAGGACGUACCAUGGGAUACCGAGCCAGGGUUAUGUAGUUUACUCUGUGAAACAGAAACUUAAAAAGGAGCAUCUUGGCCUUUCAGCUAAUGAAAUUAAAAGAUUGAAAUCAUCAGGUGUGGAGAUCACAAACACAGUGACAGAACCUCUAGUUGCUUUUACAGGAGACACCACAUCUGAUUUCAUUGUUGACGACAGGAAUGUAGAUGUUUUGAAAGCUAGGAUUCUUGUCAUGGAGAGCACCUUCAUUGACGACUCAGUUUCAGUAGCACAUGCUAGAGAUUAUGGACACACUCAUUUGGCUGAGAUAAUAAAUCACGCGGAAAAAUUUGAGAACAAAGCAAUUCUUCUGAUUCACUUUUCAGCUCGUUAUAUGGUGAAGGAAAUUGAACAAGCGGUGUCUGAAUUGCCUGCGCCUUUAGCAGGUCGGGUUUUUGCACUUACGGAAGGUAUCUAAGUAUCUAACUAGUGUAAUGGGAAGAACCUUCUUUUAUUCAUAAUUCAUUUAGCCUUUUUAAUCUGUUUGCUAAACACAAAGCAAAUGCUUCAAGAAGUCUGUUUGGAGAUGUCGCAGCAAAAUAGUCAUUGAUAUGAUAGUGAAGAAAACCAACUGCAAAUAUAACAGCCUCCAGUUGAGGUCAAUUUUGGAAUUUUGUUAUGGUUGUUUAACAAUCACAUUUUGUAAAUUAAACAUGAUCAGUAAAAAAUUGCAUCUUUGGGAAGAAAAUGCCCACUUAACUAA